CCGUACUGUGUGUUCACAGAUCUGAACACGACAGUGGAGCAACAGUUCGAUUCUCUACUGAUGAGUAAUGUGGUGCCCAUGUACCCGGAGUUUAAGAAGAUCUGGAACUACUUCCACAGCAGCUUGUUAAUGAAAUACGCCUUCGUGUACAACGGCAUCAACGUGGCGACCGGCCCCGUGUUCGAUUACAACUAUGACGGCCAGUACGACUCUGCGGAGCAGAUCGAGCAGUUUGUGUCUGGCACCAACAUCUCCAUACCCACUCACUACUUUGCUGUGCUGACGAGCUGCGGAGACUCGGCCCAGCCGGUGAGCAGCUGCAACGGGACGCUGCAGACCGCCUCCUUCCUGCUGCCGCACAGCCCCAACAACUCGGAGAGCUGCAAAAGCGCAGAGGACGAGUCUCUUUGGGUGGAAGAUCACAUGUGGUUCCACCAAUCACGGGUCAGAGACGUGGAGUGGAUCACCGGACUGGACUUUUACCAGGGCAGCAGUCGACCAAUCCCAGAGCUGCUGAGGAUGAAGACCCGCCCCACAGCCGCCAUUCAGAGAAAACACUGA